AUGAGCAACAAUGACACUACAAAGAAGCAAGCAGGAAGCAGCAAGAGGCCAACAGAAGAGGAGGAGCAAACAAAGGCAGAUGAAGCCAAGGAUCAAGAGGUGAUGCCAAGCAAGAGCAUUGAGAAACUCAAAGAGAAGGACAACCAACCACAUAGUUUAAAAGAAGUGACUCAGGGACAGCAUCAAAUAGGAAAGAGCAUCACACCUCUACUGCCAUAUCCCCAGAGGUUCAACAAAGAGGCUAAGGACCAACAUUUUCAUAAGUUCCUUGAGACUUUCAAGAAACUGGAGAUUAAUAUUCCAUUGGCUGAAGCACUUGAGCAAAUGCCUCUAAUAGUUCUCAACAACGCUCUCUGUGACCUUGGUGCUAGCAUCAACUUAAUGUCUCUCUCAAUGAUGAGAAAGCUCGCCAUAGAAGAGCUUAAACCCACCAGGAUGUCAUUAGUCAUGGCUGACAGAUCAACCAAAACACCCAGCAGAAUUGUGGAGAAUCUGUUGGUAAAGGUUGGGGAGUUUAUUUUCCCAGCAGAUUUUGUGAUUUUGGAUACUGAAGAGGAAGGAAAUAAUUCAAUCAUUUUGGGAAGGCCAUUUCUAGCCACAGCAAGGGCCAUCAUUGAUGUAGAAAAAGGAGAGAUAAUCUUCAGGGUCCACAAUGAACAAAUGGUCAUAAAUGUUUUCAAGUCAAUACAACACAUUCCUGAGCAAGAGAACUACGUGAGAGUGGAUAUGAUAGAGAGUUUGGUGGAAGAAAUGCUGGAAGAAAGUCCUCAAACGCAAGAGGGAAAUCAAGGGGCAACAGAGGAACAAGUAGCUGAGACUUCUAUUGAGUAG